AUGUCUUCAAAUUGGGAGACCAAAGCGCGCGAUUGGAUCAAAGAGCAAGCCCUCACCGUCACCGAGCACCUAGGCAUUGCCAAGAGCACGGAAGCGUCUCCGUUCCUAGAGUUCAUCAUACCCCUACUCGGCGGACUGAUGGACGGCUCCGCCAACGUCGCCCAGACAAUAGGCCACGAAGUCAUCAGUCAAAUGACCGCCUCCCAUCAAGACACAGACGAGUGGGGCGAGAUCCUGUGGAUAUUCUUAUUGGCAAUUGAACAUACCUCGACAGACAACGCCCACGGCCGACUCGCAGCUCUCCUGGCCGCCGUGGGCCAACCUCCCCCAUAG